AAAACAACUGAUGUUGACAGUUUGGGAGGUUUGCGAUUGGCGAUAUGACGUUUCUGUUUUCCUUCGAACAAUUUCAAGUUUUGUAGAUAAGAAAAUUUCAAGUCAAUCAAAAUUUCGCUUUUACGCAACUUAAGCAUGUGGAAGCACUCCAAAACUGAUCCAGUUAGCGAAAAGGAUGCAAUAUUCCACGAAUUAGUAGAUGAAGUGAAACAUUCUACCCCUGGAGCGAAGAUAUCGUUUGUUUUGCGAAACAAACUAGAAAAGUUUUCAUUUGACGCACGUAAAGAAAUUGUAAACAGAGUAAAACAAGGGUGUUCUCCAUUAUUCAUUGCAUGCAAGAAAGGACAAGUGGAGAUCGUAGAAUAUUUAAUUCAAACUUGUGGGGCUGAUAUCGAACAGAAGGGGCUAUAUGAGGUUCAAGAGGAUAGAUCCACUCAUGUUGUAACUCCCAUAUGGUGUGCAGCUGUCUCAGGCAAGCUUAGUGUGGUAGAGAUUCUACUUAAAGCUGGUGCAGAUAUAAAUUCUCUCUCAGAUAGUGGUUCAACUCCAAUAAGGUCGGCUUGUUUUAUGACUCACUUUGAAGUUGUUAAAUAUUUAGUAGAACAUAAUGCCCAUAUAAAUAAACCAAAUUAUAAUGGUGGUACUUGUCUCAUAAACUCAGUUCAAAGUGCUGUACUCUGUGAAUUUUUAUUAAGACAUGGAGCAGAUGUAAAUGCCAAUGAUAUUCAAAACAAAACUGCAUUACAUUAUGCCAUUCAGGAACAUAGAUUAGAAACUACAAAACUACUUUUAAAAUAUGGUGCCAAUUACAAUGCAGUGUCACGAUACGGAGACGAUGCUCUUCAAAUGGCUUGUCUUAAAGGAGCUUCAAGAAUUUUUGAAUACUUAACUCUGAAUAUAUCUUAUCAUCCAGAACGACUUGCUAAUUCUCAUGAACUUAUGGGAGCAACAUUUCUUGACGAGCACAAUGAUAUAUCAAUUUGCUUAAAACACUGGAAACAGGCACUUAUAAUACGACAACAAAAUGGAUUGCUGCCAAAACAACCACAAAUGGUUCCAAACGAGGCAUACCGAUAUCAGAAAGAAUUUGAUACCUUGGAAGAAUUAGAAGCUCUUUCGGGUGAUUUAGACUCUAUCAGACUUCAGAGUUUAUUAAUUGCUGAGAGGAUUUUGGGAUCUCAUCACAAAGAUUAUAUAUUUCGGCUUAUGUAUAGAGGUGCAUCUUAUGCUGAUGUAAUGCGAUAUCAGAGAUGCAUAGAUUUAUGGCGAAGAGCUCUACAAAUUCGAAUAGAGAGAGAUACCAUUUUAUAUACGGAUUCCUGCUUUACUGCACAAGCUUUAGUCAGACUGAUGGUUGAUUACAAUAUUAAAUCUAUUCAAAAUAAAGUCCCCAACAUCCAACAAAGAUUUCAUGAUGUAGUUGAGACUUUCAAAUUAUUAACUUAUGACAUUCUAGAGAUGAGAAAUUUAUUAGCUAUUAAACCCCAAUAUAAACGACAGUUAGAAUGUUUUGAAAAAAUUGUAAAAUGUAUUACUCAUUUAAUCUAUCUUAUGAUUGAGACUGCUGAUACUCCUGAGAACAACGAAAUAGUUAAGAGCUUAGUUACAGAAUUGUUGAAGAAAAAUGUCAAGUGCAUUGUAGUUGGCGAUUCAGUUUUACAUUUAUGCGUUUCAAGGCUUAAUACUAUAAAGUCCAGUUAUUUUAUUGAUGAAGAAGCAAUUAUUAUUUUUCCCCGAGAAAGUGUGAUAAAGGUAUUACUGGAAUGUAAUGCGAAUGUCAACGCCAAAAAUGAACGUGGAUGUACACCUUUACAUAUAGCAACAAAACCCUAUAAUUAUGACAACAAUUUGGUGAAGCUACUACUUGACUACGGAGCUCAUUUGGAUCAACCUGACUGCCAAGGAAAGACUCCAUUGGACUCCAUUUCCGAUUUGGUUCGACAUAAUCUCGCUUACAUUUCCCUUAUCAACUACACAAACUUAAAAUGUCUAUGCGCAUCUCUGAUAACUAAAAACAAGAUUCCUUAUGAAGGCCAAAUACCCAAAACGUUGGAAAAUUUUGUCAAGUUACACGAACCUUAGCAUGAGGAAUACGAUAAGACAAAAAUCGUCGUGAAUCAUCAACAAGUAUUAGCUUGUAUAAUCCUUACCAGCGGUGAGAAAGAAUCGAAAGUUUUAAAUAAAAUCUUGAUAAUCGCAAAUCACUAAGAUUAAAUGGUUGUAUAUAUAAUUUGUUAAAAUUUGUGUCAGUGCAAUUACGUGUUUUAUAGAAUAAAGAAAACUUAAUUA